CUUCAAAGGUAAAUUGCUAGCUUGUUUCUAUCAACUGAAACCACUAUUGAGGAUUUAAAAAAAACAGGGAAACAAGAUCCCAUCUCGUAUUGCCAGAGGGACAGAACAUAGGAGCCGAUGGGCAUCUGUGAAUUUGAAGGUCACAACCUACUCAUAAGGUUAAUGAACCACACUGUGAGCUGAAUUUUUCACAGCCUCAAGUUUGAGGAACAUUGUAAGAAGUUCCUGUUUCCGUACUGAGAUUUGCUAUGCUGCAGUUGAGUAUGCAUGCUCAAAACUGAAUGGAACAUUUCAAUAUGGAACAAUACCUGGAUCUCAUUAGAAGAUACCAGCUGAAAAUGUCCACACCACUGACCAGUUCAGAGCAGCUCACAGCCCUGUGAAGAUGAACUGCUCAGGUGAAGAGAAAGAACCACUGGAGUUGGUUGGCCGACUACUGAGUGAACCAGGAAGGUUUGCGUAUGGCGGCCUGUGUGGUGUUACAUUGUCAUUGUUGUUUUCCGAAGAAGAACACAGACAGUUCAGAAUGAAAUUUAUUGAAGGGCUUGUACAUUGGCUGCAGCUUUCAGAAUCUGUCUUGCCCGUCAUGGAGGCUUUUGCCAAUGGAAUGGGAGGCGAAGGAACAGACACAUUUGCAGACCUCCUGCUAAAAGAACUGGCUUUGAAGGACAGUCCAAUUCUAAUCACUCAGGACCUUGUUUCCUUUUCACUGAAAGAUGGAUAUUAUGACGCACGUGCAAGGGUCCUCAUUCGUCACAUCACAUGGCUCUUGCGAAUUUCGUUUGAAGAACUGGAGAUCUUUGAGGAAUCAUUGGUAGAAAGUCUGAAAGAACAUAAAGAAACAGAAACAGAGUCAGAAGAAUUUGAAAUUUCUCGGAAAAGGAAAGAUCGUAAAAAGAAAUUGAAGAGAUAUUUCCUUAUUGGACUUGCCACUGUGGGAGGCGGGACUGUGAUUGGCCUCACUGGUGGCCUUGCUGCUCCCUUUGUGGCAGCCGGAGCCGCAGCUAUUAUAGGGACGGCAGGAGCAGCUGCAAUCGGUUCCACAGCAGGAAUUGCCAUAAUAGCAUCUUUAUUUGGGGCAGCAGGCGCAGGAUUGACAGGAUACAAAAUGAAAAAGAGGGUGGGAGCCAUUGAAGAGUUUGAGUUCCUUCCUCUGACUGAUGGAAGCCAGUUGCACAUCACAAUAGCUGUUACUGGCUGGCUAUGCACAGGAAAAUAUGGAAGUUUUGAGGCACCUUGGCGAAGCCUGUUGCAGUCCAAAGAACAGUACUGCCUUGCCUGGGAAUCAAAGUAUUUGAUGGAACUGGGUAAUGCCCUCGAAUCUCUGCUGAAUGGCUUGGUCAAUAUGGUGGCACAGGAAGCCCUAAAGUACACUGUUCUGUCAGGUAUUGUGACUGCACUGUCUUGGCCAGCCUCACUACUGACUGUUGCUAAUGUCAUCGACAAUCCCUGGGGAGUCUGCCUCAGUCGUUCGGCUGAAGUUGGAAAGCAUCUGGCCCAGGUGCUACUGAGCAGACAGCAGGGCAAGAGACCAGUCACUUUGGUUGGCUUUAGCCUUGGAGCACGAGUGAUUUACUUUUGUCUUCAGGAGCUGGUUAAAGAGAAAGAUUCUGUAGGAAUUAUUGAAGAUGUUGUGUUACUCGGAGCACCUGUGGAAGGUGGGGCCAAACAUUGGAAGCCCCUCACUAAAGUGGUUGCUGGGAGAAUAAUUAAUGGCUACUGCAGGGGAGACUGGCUUCUGAAUUUUGUCUAUCGUAGUUCUUCAGUACAGCUGAAUGUAGCAGGUCUACAGCCAAUUGCCAUGGAUGACAGAAAAAUGGCUAAUGUAGAUCUUUCAUCCAUUAAUUUCCUUAGGGAUGUGUGUGUCUGGACCAGCACUGCUGAAGAACUUGUUCCAUUAUCUCUGCAUGGAGUCAGACAGCAGGUAAAUGGACAUUUAGAUUAUAUGAAGCAAAUGGACACAAUAUUAAAAGCUGUGGGUGUAAAAACCAAGGAAUGUCGCUUAGAGGAUACGUGGAAUAUUGGCUCCGUUUUUGACAUGGGUAAGAAGUGUGCAAAGGAAGGAGAAGCAACUAUAGACAACACAGAAAUAAGUUCUGCUGGAAAGAACGAGUCACAAGCGGCCAAUGCUCAGCCCUGAUUCUUUAUCAGGGGAUGAUCGUUUGGAGAAAAGCAAAUCAGCACUUCUCUCAUACAGAAGAUGCAUCACCAGCAGUGCAAUCCAUAUCUUCUUCUGAUAAAGACAAAACUGCUGCUCAUGGGGUUAAUAUAGCCUCUGAGUCCUUCAAAGACAAAGAGAGUUAACUACAAAUUGCAAAUGACCUAACAGCGCCGGGUCUGAUGGCAAAUAUUUUCACCAAAUGUAUUCAAAUUCAAGCAUAAUGGAUGGACACUUUUGAAAAUCUGAAAAAAUGAGUCUGAGAAUGAGGAGCUGCUUCACAUCAUGUUUGUUGUAAGAAGAAAUUGGACCAGUGACUGUUGCUUCUAUUCUGUGAAAAUCUUAGAGGUAAUUAACUAAUAUAAUUUAAUAUUGACCUGAAGUAAUAUUCAAUAAAAAGGUUUAUAACAUCA